AUGAAACAACAUAAAGUGCAGCUGGAGACUACACUAGAUGCUUCAUCCGUAAAUACAAAAGUGAAUAAAACUACCACGCAUCACUAUUUUAACUCACACUCAGACGGGAAUCUGAGACCUGCACCAACAAUGCCGCGUAGACACAUUGGAAUUUCUGUUUUCAAUACAAGAGGAGAUAUAUCCAAUUAUCAAAUAUAUGGUAAUGACUAUUUUGACAGGACUUUUGCGAAACAAGUUGCUACCUCAAAAAGAGAACAAUUAUUACGAAAGUUAAUGGGUAUAUUAGCCACUAGUGUGAUUGGGGCACUAUUAUUUUAUAUAUGGUUUACUUCGAAUCAAGAUCUCUCGCCACGAAAUGCCUCCCCCGAAGUAAUAUCUUCAGUCUCGUCCCCUUAUACUUCUGAUCAAAUCUUGUUUUAUCGUAUAUUGGGGAAUGACCUUCCCCCGAGACAUAAAACAGGACAGACUUUGCAGAAUGUCAAGUUUAUAUUAGAUAAUGAACCGAAAUUUCCAAAUACCAAAAAAUGGUGGAUAUUGAAUCGUGUCGUUGAUAAAGAGUAUGAAAAAGCGCUAAUAACUCUUUUGGAUGAACACAAACAAGAUUAUAUAAGGAUACCGUUUAAAGCUGAGGAAUAUUUAAAACAGGAUUUUCGUCUCGAGGAUUUUCCUGAGCCGGAUUUUUUCCAUUCUGAUGAGUAUAGACGUUUCUCAAAGACAGCCAAAUUGAGAACUCUUGACCACACUUAUCACGAAAAAAAUCUGUAUGCGAUGAAUAAUAAUGGUGGUCGUAAUACCGCCUUAAUUCAUGGAAAAUCACAACCGGGAGCUCGAUGGAUUAUGCCGUUUGAUGGAAAUUGUUUUUUGACCGCUAAUGCAUUUGCUGAAAUCUUUUCACGAUUAGAAGAAUGGGGAGAUCAUUACAAGUACUUUAUUGUUCCAAUGGCGAGGUUACUUAAUAACACGGAUCUCUUGACUGGCUCGGAUAGCAGGCCCAUUACUCCCGAAGAACCACAAAUUAUUUUUAGAAAUGAUGCCGAAGAUUCGUAUAAUCCUAAAAUGAGAUAUGGACGUAGAUCAAAGUUGGAAUUAUUAUGGAGACUCGGCGUUAAUUCACCACAUAAAUUUUCGAUCAAAGCUGCUGUCCCAUGGGAAAGAGAAACUGAAGAAAUACAAUUUUCACGUGAAAAGGAUCAUUAUAAAUCAAUUGGCUGGGUCUUUCGUCUAUUCUCUGGCCAAGCUUUGCAAGAAGAGAACAAAAAGGAGGCGUUAUCAUUGCGUGUUUUCAAUCGUUUAUUAGCAAUUCAAAAUUUUUUGGAUGGUAUUGAUGAACAAUUGGCAAGAGCCCAUGGAUUUGAUUCUAAACGGUUAUUCCAGUAUGAUGAAAAACUCUUGAAUCAUGCACAACUUCGUUAUUGGUCAGGUGACGCAAAAUUUUCGAGUGUGAUCGACCAUUUGAUCGCAAAAGCUGAUAAUAUGGUUUCUUUUAUAACGACAAUGUUUAAAGAAUCCGAAUUGCAAAUUAAUGAUAACCUGACAGCACGUUAUCAUGAAUUACGAGGUUCAAAUGAAGAAUUAUUAUUGUCAACUAACACUGAAAAUUCUACCGAUACAACAUCAGUUGAAGCGGUUCAAAAUAUAAACUCUCUAGUUGAAGAUUCAAGCGAACGCGAAUUACAAUUAUCAUCUUCAGAAACACCAACGUUGACAAAAGAAAAAAUGAUAAUACCAGAGAACAUUUCUCUUUCAGUAUUAUUUGAGAAUGUGACUACAUUAACAUUAGCAAAUUAUUUUUCGAGCCAGGUAACGUAUGCUCGAUGGGCAGCAAAUUUGAUUCGGACCUUCCUAUUGUCUUCGUAUUCCAUCGGUGACGAAAAUGACCUUGAGGUUACGAAAUAUAACACAGAACUCGAUGCAAUUAAUGACGAAGGAUAUAGUUUCCCAAGUCUUAAUAAGGUUCCUCGUGCUCCACAAAAAUUUUUGAAAUAUAAAUCACAAGAAUUUAUACAAGAAUUACACGAAGUCAAUCCAAGUAGUUUCUUGGAUGCAUGCCGACUCCUUCAUCGUUCUCACGCGUUAACUCAUAAAGAAUAUAUUGAUCUAAUUUCGUUAGCUUCUGAUUGGUUAGAAUAUUUAGUUAAUUCACCCAAGGGAAUUGACAUUGCACGAUUACGAGAUCAUCGUAGUACGCUUUACGACCUCCAAGUUACAUCUUUGGCUGCUUUCGUUGACGAUUUACGACUUUACCUUCGAGUCGUUAAUCGACUACGAAUGCGCAUCGGAAAACAUUUUUAUAUCGCCAAUAGUGCAAAUCCAUCGAGUAUAACCCAGCCACAAGAAAUUACACUAGUGCAAAAUGAAAUUGCACAGGGUCGAAUAAAAAAGUUGGAAUUUAAUGAAUAUGAGUUUCGAUACACCACGUUAAAUCUUCAAUAUUGGAUGUUGUUGACUCGAGGAAUACAGAAUGCUGGAGUUGGUGCUGAUCUUUGGCAAUACACCGCGAAAGAAGGUCAACGAUUAAGUAGAGCAAUGAUGGGACAUUUAGAAUUAAAUGAAGAUCGACUAGAAAAUGAUAUGCUAAAACCACUGUUACACAUUGCGCAAACAGCUCAUCAGACCAGUGAUGAAAAACGUGGAAUUUGGCAUGAGCAUGGAGAUGAACAUGAUUAUUUUCAGCAUUUCUUGAAAAAUAUUGGAGGUAAACUGGAUAUUUUUAAAAACAAUUAUCCAUCCUCUUCAUCAUCACCUGAUUCUAUAAUAGAUUUACGUGUGGGUAUUGGAGCUGAAGCGAGACGACAAGGUAUACCACCUUUUUGGAUGUUGGGGGUAGCAUAA